CGGCAGUUGUUGUGCUGCUUCAAUUGCCGUCAUUAGCCCGCCGUGGCCACUCACAGGCCAGGCUUCUAGCUGGUCUGUUACUUGUUUAGUCCCUGGAAAGCGAUGCCGUACGGCAACAGCCAGCCGGAAAACUUUAUACAGCUUGCGGAAUUCUCUUCUUGCGAUCUUGUGGAAGCAAGUGCCGAGCAAUACUGCCAUUAUGGACCGGACUAUAUUGUAAUACUGUACCUUGUCCGCGUUAUAUUAGCCCUUCUGUCACUGCUCGAGGUGCUUCAAUAUUUUCAUGAUUCUGUAUUUAUCUUUCCACUUGAGCGGUUGAAAAUACCGACUUGAAGUGACUUGGCUAGUUUACAAAUGUUCAAAAGUGUGAUGAACUUUAUUUCCGUUCAGAGUCUGGAAAGUGCUGUAAGGCACUCUUACCGGCAAGAAGAAAAUAUUGACAGAC